AUGGCAUUUUCGGACCACCACGCGAAAGAGACCCUCCAAGCGGUCGUCUUGUGCGACUUUGACGAGCACGACCAUUUCCGGCCUUUAUCGCAUCGUCGUCGGUCUCUCGCGACGGAUGACGAGGAGGAGGAGGACGAAACGUUGUCGUCAUCAUCCGUGCCGAACUGUUUGCUCCCACUCGCGAACGUCGCUUUGCUCGAUCGAACGCUGGAGUUUUUAAUCUCGAACGGUGCGAAGGAGAUAUUCGUGGUGUGCGGGAAAAAGCAAAGGGAAGCUCUUGAAAAGCACGGGAAGCGAAGAGGGGGAUUUUUGUGCGAGUCGUCGUCGAGCGCGAAGAAAGGGAGCAGCGGCGCCGGGGCGAACGCGACCGGGAGUGGGUUUACGAUACGGCUUUUGCAAAGCGCGAAUUUGGAAACGGUCGGCGACGCGUUGCGAUUCGUCGAGCAGCAGCAAGUGAUCAAUCAUGAUUUCAUUUUGUGCACCGGAGAUAUCGUGGCGAAUGUGGAUUUGUCCCGAGCGGUGGCAAAACAUAAGCAGAGGAGGAAGAAGGAUAAGUUGUGCGUGGCGACGCUGUGUUUCGCGAGAGACGGGAGAGACUCGAGGGAAGGGAAGUUUGGCGAAGCAGAGCUGGUGCUUGGGCUAGCGAGGACGAGUUUUGGGAGCUCCGGCGGUUCGAGGAGUAAUAAAGAAGAGAGCGAGAACGGUAAUAGUAAUAAUAAUAACGCGAACAACAUCGACAACAAAAACGAAGAUGAAUUCAAGAUUGUCGCGUUUAAGGAAUCUAAAGGAGGCGUCACCAAAGCCACAGGAGGUCCGUUUACCAUCGACGCCGCUUUAUUUAGCGAACACGAAGAAGUGGAAGUAGAAACGAACGCUCGAGAUUUACGCGUGGACAUUUGCUCGCCGGAAGUUUUGAUGUUGUUCACGGACAAUUUCGAUUACCAAUCUAUUCGGAAAGAUUUUGUGUGCGGCGUUCUCGACGAACGCGAGUUAGGCAACCAGUUGCACGCGCACUUUAUCGAUUUGGGGAGAGAGUAUUGCGCGAGAGCGAACGAUGCGAGAAGCUUUGGCGCGAUUGGAAGAGAUGUGGUGAGAGGGUAUUGCCACCCGCAAACCAUCGAUGGAAACUGCGUGCUCUUCGACAACACAAAUAAAGAAGGGACGAAGUUUCGAAAGAGCAACUAUCGCAAGAUUGCGGCGGGAAAAGGCCAUUGCGUUUCCCGAUUCGAGAACUCGUUCGCAGACGACGACGUGACCGUUGAUACAUCUGCGUUCAUUCAGUCGGGAUGUGUUCUUGGCAGAAACACGAAAAUUGGCGCGAAAUGUGUCUUGCGAGACGCGAUCAUCGGUCAAAAUUGUUCCAUCGGCUCAAACGUCACCAUCACCAACUGCGUUCUCUUUGACGGAUGUAUCGUCGAAAACGACGCGAAACUCACGCACGCGCUCGUCGGUUGCAACGCUAAAAUUGGCGAAAAGGCCAUCAUCCAUGCCGGAUCCGUUGUUGGUACCGAAGUAGUCAUCGGGAAAAACUUUGAGCUCGCCCCAAACUCUCGAAUCGGCUGCGUGCCUCAAUCGUCGUGCGAGGACGACGAUUCGGACUCGGAUUCGGACUCGUCGUCGACAAUGUCUGGUGAAGAUUCGAACGGGUCGCACUUAGAAAGAGACGAGCAUCAUCAUCAUCAUCAUCACAACGACUUCGAACACUUAUACGGUGAAGAAAUGGCGAAGAAGUUUGCCGAGCAAUUACAUUUAGGCCCGGACGAGGAGUGCUCUAACGCUCAAUCCGUCGGCGCCGGUGGCAAAGGUUACCGAUGGAUAUGCCCAUCGUUUCGAACGAAAUCGCUAGUCCCGGGUGUGGUUCCAAAGAAGAGAACUUAUCCGAACGAGAUGAAAAGUAGCAAUAACAAAGUAGGCGAGAUUGAAGUCAAAAAAGAAGCGAACGCGUCGGGUGACAAAGACGAAGACAAGGACGACGAAAUGGAGGAAGACUCGGACUCUGACUCCGACGCCGACGAACGGCACUUCCACAAAGAAGUCUCGGAAACCUUUUUGAGAGCGUUGCGCGACGAUACCAUCGACGAAAACGUUACGGUGGAGCUUCAAGGUUUGAAAAUGGCUGAGAACAGAACCUUCGCGGAUAUCGCGCGGUACGUUUUGUGCGCCAUGUUUGCGUUAUCCAUGCCGCCAACUGCCAAAUGCGACAAGCAGUUUCGUAAACUCUUUCCAACUGAAUUCCCAUCCGAUGCCAACGAGUGCGUUUCGAGAGUGAAAAAACACGUCAAACGCUACGCGCCGUUGCUGGCCAAGUUUCUCAAAUCCGAAGACGACCAGGUGGAAGUGUUGUUAACGUUGGAAGAAUUUUGCGCUGAAGAAGGCGCGUUCAAAGAUUGUCAAGGGAAACACGUUGCCAACGCGUUUGCAAAGAUCUUACAUCUUUUAUACGACGCCGACGUCCUCUCUGAAUCGGCCGUUUUAGCCUGGGCGGAUGAAAAAGACGACGCGGAGGAGAAAGAUUUGGUCUUCUUAAAGAAAGCCGCGCCGUUCGUGAAAUGGUUGAGAGAAGCCGAGAGCGAGUCGGAAGACGACGAAAGCAGCGACGAAGAGGACUAA